AUGGCAAAAGAAACUUUGCUACACUAUCCCGACUUUAACAAACCUUUUGAAAUCCACACUGACGCGUCCAAGUACCAGAUUGGUGCUGUUAUCACGCAAGAUUCCAAACCAAUUGCCUUCUACAGUCGCAAGUUGCGAGAUGGCCAACACAAUUACACAACCACUGAGCGUGAGCUGUUAGCAAUUGUGGAAACUCUGAAAGAGUUCCAGACAAUUCUCUUGGGACACAAGAUUAAAGUCUACACUGAUCACAAAAAUCUAACACUCACUCAAUUCAAUACUGAGCGCGUCCUGCGCUGGCACAUGGUUUUGGAAGAAUACGGUCCAGAACAUAUUUACAUUAAAGGCCCUGAUAACAUAGUGGCAGAUGCGCUAUCACGUCUUGAUUUAAUCGACGAGGAAGAUGAUGACUCAUCUCCUAGCUCGCCUACACUGAAAAUUAUGGCACAUAAUGAUGGCGAACGAUCAUCCGAACCGUCAAUUCCUAAAACAAAAAAUGCUUUAAAGGCUGAUGAUGUCACCUUAAACGACUACAUGAAUAUUCGUCGGGACGAACUUCCAGACGAUAUAUAUCCCCUUUGCAUGUCUCUUAUUAGUGCGGAGCAACAGAAAGAAUCUGAGCUCCAGGCUGCACUCAAUAAACCGAAUAGCCAAUAUACACGCACUGAAGUUCGUGGGGGCAAUACACGGUAUGACAUCAUCUACCAGAAUGAAGUCAUACCAUGGGACACUCUUUGUAUUGAUCUGAUUGGUCCAUACGUCAUCAAAGAACAAGGCAAACGAAAAUGGGAACUCCAUUGCCUCACUAUGAUUGAUCCCGCAACUGGAUGGUUCAAGAUCGCAGAAAUACCGGAUAAGAGAGCUGACACGGUAUCUAAUAAAUUAGAACAAACAUGGCUAGUACGAUAUCCAUGGCCACAACAUGUGAUACUUGAUCGUGGAAGUGAAUUCAUGGCAGAAGUUCAUGAGAUGCUUAAAAAUGAUUAUGGUUGCACGGUGAACCAGACAACUACUCGAAACCCUCAAGCGAAUGCUAUUGUGGAACGAGUCCAUCAAAUAAUUGGAAAUAUGAUCCGAACGUUCUUUGUUGAUGACACAGAACUGGGUGAAAAGGAUCCUUAUACUGGCAUUUUAUCAGCGGUUGCACUCGCGACGCGAGCGACCAUUUACACUACAUUGAAUACAACUCCCAGUCAAUUAGUCUUUGGCCGCGACGCGAUGCUAGACAUAGAAUUCCACGCAGAUUGGAAUGCUAUCAAAAAUAGAAAACAAAAGCGCAUAAAUGAAAAUAAUCUUCAGGAGAAUGCAAAGCGAAUUCUCCAUAAUUAUCAAGUCGGUGACCAAAUUAAUGGAUAUGCUGGACUCAGGAUGACUGCGAAGAUGGCAACGGUUCAAAAGAACAAGGAAGGAUUCACUCCAAGACAAGUCAAGGCUGCAAUGGAAGCGAGAAGUGCGAUGCACAUACUCAAUGCUCCAAGCACCAAAAGUCUGAAGUAUGCAAUCCGAUCUGGUCUCAUCAAGAAUUUUCCUAUCACUGAAGAAGCGAUCAAUCAUGCCAAAGCAAUCUUUGGACCUGACGCCUCUACAUUGAAAGGCAAGUCAACAAGACCAACUCCAAAGAAGACACACAAUGACUUCUUCAGUCCACCAGAGGAAUUGUACCAACACAAUCGAACAAUUACCGUCUGUAUUGAUCACAUGGAGAUCGGAGAUGCUAAGUUUCUCACCUGCAUUGAUACCACU